AUGUCAGUAAACCGGUGUAUGUAUUUGUUUUCUCGACUUCAACGUCACAUUAGCACCCGGGCUGGCAGGACAACCGCUGGCAUCUGUCGUGUGUCUUCUGGGUCUGGUUUGUUACACAAACAACAACAGGUUGGUGCUGGGGCUUGCAGCAGAAAUGUCUCAUCAAACAAUUCAUCUCCAAAACCCCCGGACACCUCUCUGUUUGUCCCCGUGUCUCUGAAGACUGACUUCUCAGCAGAUGGGGGUGUGGGGAUAGAGCUGACACAACCACUCGAUAAAAAUGAACUGUUGAAAGUUCUGAACCGGUUUUAUAAGAAGAAGGAGAUUCAGAAGAUGGCAGCAGACCAUGGCCUGGAUGCUCGUCUGUUCCACCAGGCCUUCAUUAGCUUCAGGAAGUAUGUUCUGGAAAUGACAUCACUCCCCGCUGAUCUGCACAUCAUCCUGAGUGACAUCUGCUCUGGAGCAGGUCAUGUAGAUGACAUAUACCCAUACUUUAUGCGUCAUGCCAAGCAAAUCUUUCCUAUGCUGGAGUGUAUGGAAGACCUGAGAAAGAUCUCAGACCUCAGAGUACCAGCCAACUGGUACCCUGAGGCUCGUGCCAUCCAGAGAAAAGUGAUUUUCCAUGCUGGUCCAACAAACAGUGGUAAAACCUACCACGCCAUCCAGCGCUACCUGGCUGCUAAGUCUGGAGUCUACUGUGGCCCGCUGAAGCUACUGGCCCACGAGAUCUUUGAGAAGAGCAACAAUGCUGGUGUGCCAUGUGACUUGGUCACUGGAGAGGAGAGGACCUUCAUGGACUCGGAUGGUCGAGCAGCUGGUCAUGUGGCCUGCACCAUUGAGAUGUGCAGUGUCACCACACCUUACGAGGUGGCUGUCAUCGAUGAAAUUCAAAUGAUCAGAGAUCUCUCCAGAGGCUGGGCCUGGACCAGAGCGCUGCUGGGUCUCUGUGCAGAGGAGAUCCAUGUGUGCGGGGAGCCUGCAGCCAUAGACUUUAUCAGAGAGCUGAUGUUCACCACUGGAGAGGAGGUGGAGGUCAACACCUACCAGCGUUUAACUCCAUUCACAAUCUUGGACCAUGCCGUGGAGUCAUUAGACAACUUGAGACCAGGAGAUUGCAUCGUCUGCUUCAGUAAAAAUGACAUCUACUCCAUAAGUAGACAGAUUGAGGCCAGAGGACUAGAAUGUGCUGUGAUUUAUGGGAGUUUACCUCCAGGCACAAAGUUGUCACAGGCCAAGAAGUUCAAUGACCCCGAUGAUCCCUGUAAGAUACUGGUUGCUACAGAUGCUAUUGGCAUGGGCCUUAACUUGAGUAUAAAACGUAUCAUCUUCAACAGUCUGAUAAAGCCAAAUGUUAACGAGAAAGGGGAGAAACAGAUGGAGGCCAUCAGCACAUCACAAGCUCUGCAGAUAUCUGGCCGCGCCGGGAGGUUCUCCUCCAAGUUUAAAGAGGGAGAAGUUACCACCAUGCACAGAGAUGAUCUGCCUGUUCUGAAGGAAAUCCUCAGCCACUCCGUAGAACCCAUAGAGACUGCAGGUCUCCAUCCUACAGCAGAGCAGAUAGAGAUGUUUGCGUAUCAUCUACCGGAUGCCACACUGUCAAACCUUGUUGACAUAUUUGUCAGCCUGUCUCAGGUGGACGGUAUGUAUUUUGUCUGCAACAUUGAUGACUUCAAGUUUUUAGCGGAUAUGAUUCAGCAUAUCCCACUUAACCUGAGGUCACGCUACGUCUUCUGCACCGCUCCCAUCAACAAGAAACAACCUUUUGUAUGCACCUCCUUCUUAAAGUUUGCCCGUCAGUUCAGCCGAGACGAACCCCUGACAUUUGACUGGGUCUGUCGCCACGUUGGCUGGCCUCUCUCUGCACCCAAAAACAUAAAAGACCUGGUUCACUUAGAAGCUGUUCAUGACGUGUUCGAUCUGUACCUCUGGUUAAGCUAUCGUUUCAUGGACAUGUUCCCAGACACGGCCUUGGUUCGGGAAACCCAGCAGGAACUUGAUGGCAUCAUACAACAAGGCGUCCGAAAUAUCACCCGUCUCAUAAGAGCGACUGACCCAACCAUCACUGACUCACUACAGACACAGGGCAGACAAACAAUUGGUAAUGGUGAAAGUGCCAGCAGUAGUUAUUCGACCGAUAGCAGAGGGCAAAGGGGACAAAGAGGCUCAGGGGAGAAGAUGGACCGCUCUCUGUCAAGUCGCCUGGUGAGAGACGGGCUGUUGACUCCUGAUUUGCUUCGGCAGCUGCAGAAGGAGUGGUCUAAAGAUCAGAAGCAAGAAUUCUCCAAUCAGAGCGCACUCGAUACAGAUCAUCAUAGCAACAACAACAACAAAGGGAAACGAAAAAAGAAGAAGAAAUGAAGAGAACACAACUGGGUCAAUGCUGUUCCCAUGAAGAUAACUGAUACAACCCUUGGAUAAUGUCUGAUGGUUUGUUUCAAA